UUAAGUACGAAUUCUAAAAUAGAUGCAUAAUUAUCCAUCUCUUUCAAUAUUCUUAUGCCCUAUUCAUAUUUGACAGUAAGGCAUAGAACAAGAUUUCGUUCAAAGUAUUGAAAAUAUUACAAAAAACACUGAUUAAACAAAAUAUUAUAUUAAGUAACAAGGUUUCUAGCAGCCUAGUACAAUGUCAAACAAUAGUUGGUCUGCAACAAAUGAUGACCAAACUGAGUUUUCAUACAGAACAAAUGAACGAAAUUACACUGGAAUAUAUUUGAAUCGUGAAUUUUUAGAAGAUAUUUCUAUUAUAGUACCAAAUGAACCGGAAAACAUUGGUGAAACCACAAGCUCUGACAUGGAAGUGGUACAUACAUUAGGUCAAUUACACCAGUCCGAACAUAACUCUGAAAUAUUACCAGGCUCGGUAAUUGAGAUCAACGAAUCAAACGAAACACCUUCACUACAGUUGAAUUCAGAAACGGUUGAAUCAGUUUUCAAACCGCAUUAUAGAAACAAUACAGAACCCAGCCCAUUUCCCAUUGAUGAUAAUGUCGACUAUGAUCCAAACAUAGGUAAUAUAACUGAAUCGUAUAUCCCUACAAGUAUACAACAUUCGAUGCCUGCGAAACAAAGAGAAAAUGGACAAUUUUCUGCAUGCAGGACUGUGAAUAUAAGCCAAUCUUAUUCUUCUGCAUUCAGACCACCGGAUCAAAAUCAGUAUCGUAUUAAUAAUAACACUCUCCGUUUACAGGAAUAUGAUCGAUACUCUAGUCGUGUUCCUCCUAGUUCAUCAAACCGUUGUGAAUCGGUUAUAAAAUAUUGUAAGCCCAUACAAAACAAGUUCGAGGCCUUCAAUACUUCAACACGUGAUCCAAGACUAGUAAAUCGCGAUCAAAAUAAAUAUAUUGAAAACAGGUUAGAUAAAUUUGAAGGAUUGAGACGAAUAAGAUAUACAAAUAAAAAAACAUAUUUAAACGAGGACUUAAGAAUAAUCAAUAUGAAAUUGAAAAACAUGAACUCAAGUUACAGAUUUGGUGUUGUAAAUGAUUUGAGUGAAGACGAUAACUUUAAUGAACACAACAUUAGACGCAGAGGAGAACCAAGUGUUAAAAAUACACAAACCGACAGGGGAGCUGAAACAUACAUUGAUUGUAAUAAAUACUUGAAACUCUUGAAUACUGAACGACACCAAAAAAUAAAUUCUGGAAAGGUGCUUGAUGUAAUAGAUUUAAUGGACGACAAUGGGGGUGUUGCAAGGGAAAUUGAAGCUAGAAGAACUUCUAGUGUGUUACAACAAUAUCGUAUAGAGAAAACGGAACUGAGAAAAUUAAGAGAAGACCACCAAAAAAAGUUAGCAGAAACUGUAGAAAAUAUAAUUGAUAGUUUAAAUGAUGAUACAAGUGAUUUAAGAUGCACAACAGAAACACUUUCAAAGAAAAAUGAUGGAGUGAUUAAAAUACAUAAUUUGAAUGAUCAAACAAAAAAUAACGUUGGAAAAGCAAAUGAAAACACUUUAAUCGUUGAGAAUUACAAUUUUGAUAAUACUAUCAAGAAGGUGGAUAUUUAUGGACUUAUUGAAAAAAAUCAAAAGAAUAAACCGCUGUCAGAACAAUCAAUAGAAACCAUUGAUUUAACUCAUGAUGACACAUCUGAUUCAAUUAUCAAUCAAUAUGUUGACACUGGAAUGUCUCCUACAAAAUUAAAAGACCCAAAAAUAAUGUCUAUGGGCAAUGAACGAAAAUUGGAAAAAAAUAAUAAGUCUUCAGAAAAAUUGAACACCAGUAAAACUGAUAAAAAUGAAUUAAAAAAUGGGCUGGAUGGAAUAGCUCUACUUGGAUAUGAAACUUUUAAUAUUAACAAGAUACGCGUAAAAAAUACAUCUCAAUUAAUUGAAAAUGACCAAAAUGAAAUUAUCAAUUCAAUGGAAACCGCUAUCGGUGAACCCCGUGUCGGAGUACAGUCGAAUCCAAAUACUUCUACUAAAAGUACUAAAUCAGCAACAAACGUAGUUGGAAAAACACACUACACUCAUGAUGAAUUAUCAAUCAGAGUACAAGAUUCAAGAGAAACGACUGAGUCCAACUUAACUGACAGGAGCUCUAGUUACAAAAAUCGCAGAUCGUCAACAGAUUUAGAAAAACGCAUUCACAAUGCUUUUGAACUACUCCGCCAAGGUACUAAUGAACAUUCACUCAAAUCAAAUACCGUCCAAUCAUUACCAAGCCCUGGACAAGAUGAAUCUGGAAUGCAUGUAGAAGGACGACGUAUUAUUGGAGAUCCUGAAAACAUGUUUAACAAGAAAUCUACAAAGUAUUAUGCAACAAGUGACUCGAGAUGCGAAUCAAACGAGGAACAAUUCAAAAUAGAGUCUUUCAAAAAUGUUGAUGACGAAAAGAGUAUGUCAAAUACUGGACAUCAAAAUACUGAUACAAGCGAAACAAGUGGAUCCUCUGAGGAUGACACUCAAUCACAGACAGCUGAUUUCAUGAUUGAUAUCUUGCCACCUGUUGUUCAUCGAUACAACUCUAUAAUGGAUGUAGAAAAAGAAGUACCAUAUAUUAAAUUAUCUGAACAAAUUUUAAACGAAAAUUCUAAAUCAUGUGAUGAGAAUGAAUUCAAUUACGAUUUGAGUCAAAUGGAACAAUCUGAAGAUUCAGAUGACGAACCCGUUUUAACUAUUGAUAUGCAAGCUACUGACUCUGAUGAACCAGGAUUAAAUGAACCGUUAGAGGAUGCCACCCAAUCAUCAAGAGAUUCCUUCAUUGGCGACGGGAAUGCAGAUGAUCAUAAAGACGAUACAGACAUAGAAGAAUCCGCACGUACUACAUUUGUUGACCACGUUUCGGACGAACAUUUUGAAAAACGUAAAUUAAAGAAAGGUCUAAACAACGAACAAAAAGUGCGUUCUGUAGAAAAUCAAGACACUAAAUUGGGUGAAUUUAUCGAUGAUGAAGCAGAAUUGCCGAAUGUUCAGCGUUUGGCCGGUGACGACGUAUUGUCCGCUGACGAACCGCCCGCUGAACAACCACCCGCUGAUGGACACAUUGUCGGUGAGUUGAAUAUUGAAACAUGAAUUGAAACAAAAUAGACAAAUUAAUAUUGUUAUCAAUCUUAAGUGA